AUGAAUUUGCAGUAUUCAUUUUCUACUACUUCCUUACUUUCGGCCCAGCAUCAGAACCAACAACAACAACAACAACAACAACAUCAAUCACAACAAGUAGACCAAUCCAGUUCCAAACAAAACAAGUUAAUAUCAAAAUUAAAAAUAUUAACAACCUAUUCUUCAACAUCAUCACCAUCAGCUUCAUCGACAAAUAUUGCAAAACAUGAUUAUAAUUUUGUAAACACGAAUCCUCCUAGUCCAACCCUGCUUACAAGUAUGAAAUUUACUUCCAAAUCUUCCAAUUCUAGCCCUAUGGCAACAUCAAUAGCUUCUUUUGGUUCAGUAUCUUAUAAUAACACAUCCAGUGCUUACUCACCUAUAACACCUCCACUGACAAACAAUUACUCAUCAUCAAAUAUACGACUCAGAUCUAAUUCACUACCAAAUUUUGCAACGACAAAACUGAAAUAUAAACAUCAAAACUUAUUAUCAAAGUAUACAAAUAAACAUCAAAACCAAAAUAGGAUGAAUAAUGCUGGAAUUAAUGGUUAUAAUAAACCACGAUUGAACCCUCUUCAACGUUUUCAUAAUAAUAUUAAAUCGAAUUCUACUAAUACCUCAGCUCUGAAUGGGAAAUUUCCUUCCUUUUCAACAGGAGAUAAUUUUAAAUAUCUUCUUUAUCUGGAUGAUGAAGAAGAUGAUGAUGGUGACUCCAUUCAAGAUAGUUAUACAAAUUCAAUGAAUGAAAGAGCUUCAUAUUAUUCACAUUAUCAUAAUAAUGUCGUUGCUGGCGACGAUGUUGAAUAUGAUAAUGAACAUUUUACCUACUCCUUAAAGCACAUGUACAAAGAUGAUAACGACCUUUACGAAAUUUUAAACUCUUCUACACCACCACCCACUAUAGAUUCUAUCUAUUCAAAUCACCACCAACACGGCCAUCAUCAUAAUCACCAACUUUCAGAUUCUACAAGAGCAUCAAGUAUUUCUAAUUACCAGGAUGAUGAAAUGGUCAUGAUCCCACCAUUACCAGAAACUUUAAGUUCCGCAUCUGAUUCAUUAUCUCAUAGACCCUCGUUAUCAUCAUCAUUGGAGUUCAAUGCUUCUGAUCAACAUCAACAACGUCAAUUGCCUUAUCAUGGUGAAUAUGCGUUUACAACUUCUUCUCACCUUGUCACACCAAUUUCUACGAAUGUAAAUGAAAUUAACAAUAACAGUAAUAAUGCUACACCCAUAUUAGGUAAUGUUAACAUGUCCUUCACAGAGAACCUUUCUACAAAUGCAACUACAUUUACAAAUAAUCCACCAUUAAUAAAACCUAAUUAUUCCUUGCUGGUUCAGGGAAGCAAAGACCAUAUUGAGGAAGUUCUUGAAGAGGAUAAUGUGGAUAAAUUAGCCAACUCAAUAUUGAAUGUGGUCAAAAUAAAUGACGAAGACAGUAAACUGGUUGAAUGGGGUAUUUAG